AUGUCAACCUCAGAACAAAUGGUCCGGGGGGGUGUGGAACUCGAAGAUACAGCUCUACCCGCCUCAAGAUCUGCGGCGGAGCUCGAAAGUACAUCACUGCCGCCAGAGAUCUUUGAGAUGGGCGUGGAUCAUACCAUACCCGUGUAUGAGCUUCCUGGUGAUUCAGCACAGCGCUUUCCCUCGCCUAGCGUUGAUCACACGUUCCACAUUCCACAACUCAUAGAACCUACCGACAACGUAAGAAGGGGAAGCGCCUUCGCCCCUGAAGUUUUCGACGAGGUGGGAGUAGCCACCGAGCAGUUGAACCACGGAAUUUCUAUCGUCACCACUGAAAGCUCGUCAAAAUGCGCUAGCCCGACAAGCUCCUCAACCACGCUGAAUUGUAGUWUGCGACUGUCGCCAUCAACACGACCAAGGAGUUACUCCUCAAUGGCAAUGGAUAGGAAAGCAAGGCUGGCAGCACGAAAGUCGGCUGGCAAUAACUUGCAUCCUUCGAUGCUUCCGCACCUCACCACACUCGUACUGACAGAAUUUCCGCCCUUUACGACCAAUCGUGAAGUGGCUGAUCGCAUCAUCGAUUUUAUCAAGAAUUGCGCACAAGAGGCGUCUUGGGCACGUUCCGAAGCAGAACUAGACUACGCUUUGCCACCUGGCCGGCGAGGUCAGGCGUCAACACUAGAACAGUCCGCCACCAAGCUGUUCGCCUUGAAACGUCUCGUGCUGGAACUUGCGCCAGCGAAGGAGAGUGGCAAUGCUGGAAGCCCGUGGCCACAUACGAAGUCGAUGACCGAAGAUCAGGAUAGCGAAAAGCUAUGGUCAGCUGCUGAGAGAGACUUUAGCUUCUUUGGGGAUGAAGAGUGUGUCUUCCCGACUAUCGAGGCCGAUUCGUCCGAUUCGAUCUCUGCCACGAACGAGAAGGAAGUCAGCUUCGGACGACGACCUCCAACCCCUACACGAGUCUCUUUGAAGAAGCCCAUGAUAGACAACAUUGCCUUGAUAUCGCAAUUUCGAAAAGAGCGUAAGCUCGCUCAUCAGCGAAGCGUCGCAGCUGGCGAUGUGGGUGCUGAGGUGGACGGGCUUUGGAAUGGCGUCGUGCAAGUGGUGCGCAACAAUAACGAGUCCAGCCAUGACGAGGAAAUGGACUACUAUGGAAAUAGGUUCUCGAACCACUACUUGUACCGCUGA